GUUUCCGAAUUCGCGAGAGAGAUAAAGUAACAAAAAUAAAACAUGCUACCUGAAUGGAUCAAAAACAAAAUUAAAGAGAAUUGUUAUUUGUCGAUAAAAAGCAAACAAAGAGAGACAGAGAGGGAAGUAGAGGGAAGGAAAGGGAGAGAGAGAAGAGGGAAUAAACAAGAAGACACGAUUGAUUAGAAAAGGCGAUGAUUAUAAAAAAAAGGAGAUGAGACGAGACGAGUUGAGUUGAGUUGAGAUGAGACGAAAAGUGGCAUUUCAAUGAUGGUGUUCUGAUUAUUACUAAAAGGCAAUAUCAAAAACAAUUCUAUUUUGCAAAUAUCAAUGAUGGAUGACUGGAUGAUUGAACGAAAGAAUUCCUUGAUCAAGUCUAGAAGGAUCAAUGUCUGGUCAAAAAGAACAACCCAUUCGAUAAUGAUGAUGAUACAGGCAGACGUAUAUACACAUAUUCAAUGCAGAAACAUCUUAGUCUUAGAUUUUCAGAUUGCAACAUUGUUUGACGUGGUGCAUGGCGCUUUCAUGAGGAAACAUACCCGAAUACCCAAAACAAAGAAUGUUGAAGAGACGAAAACUAUGACUAACUAGUUCAGUACACACGUCAAAGACCCAAAUUUAUGCGUAAGUGAAUUACUCAUUCGGCUUUGAAUAAGCUUUGUUGAAGACGAACAUCAUUUCUUUGUGGAAGAAAUCCACUAUUCGCAAAACCCAUUGUACAAAAGAGAAACUAGUAAAACAAGGAUAUUAUGAAUUACUCGUAUAAUUGGUAGUACCCUUAUUGUUACUAUUACGGCUUGCGAUUUUUUUUUAGUUGCAGACUCUUCGAGUCUCGUUGUUUUCGUUUUCACUUUGAAUUUCUACGUGACGUCUGUCUCGUUUCUUACGAAACCAUCCUUCUUUGUUUUCUUUUUAUAUCUACUCUCUUCCAUUAAACCUUGAAGCUACCAAGGUUCGCUCUUAUUCUCUUGUCUCUCUUUGUUUUUGUUUAUUAUCUCUCUGCUAUAUACACUCAAUUACUACUACGUGUGAUACUUCUCAGUAUACUCCAAUACUGCUAUCGCAAUCGUUAUCGUUAUACUUAUCGAUUCCGUAAAAAAAAAAAACAAAACAAACAUCAUAUUACGAUACUGAAUACAACGAUCAUCCUGUAGUUGACAACCAAAAACGCUUUGUGUCUUUAAUUUCCAUUCUUUGCCUGUUUUUCUUUUUUUUUGUUUUCUUAUUCUUUUUCUUUUUCCAUCAUCCCUUCUAUCGAAUAUUAUUACUUUCUAAACUACUCCUGUAAAACUAAAGCUUCUGUUGUUCAAAGAAGCUAGGAAUUUUCGUACUACUCUCUCCUUUCUCCCCGUCCAAACUCACGUAUGCCCUUACAACAACUUUUAAAGACAUUAUGUGCUAUCUUUGAGAAUGAGGAGGUAGGUGGAAACCAGGACCUUUCCAAGUUGAUCGACCAAGUCGAAGCGUAUCAGUUGCAAUAUCCAUCUCCAAACGCCGCCAAUUCCCAAAAAAUCCGUGAAGUCCUCAGCCAACUGUACGAAAAAAUCCCCUUCAACAAUUCUAAACGACGUGCUUUAUGGCUCGCCGUCCUCAAAACCGUUCUCCCUCUCCUCAUUCUUCAUCGUCAAGCCAUUGGCGAGUGGUGGGACCAAAUUUUUCAUCCUUUUAUGAACUCUCCUACUCAAAUUAAACCCGUUCUCAAUGAUCUCAAGUCCAUCCUUUCCUACAUCCUCAUUUAUCACGAUGAUGACGAAUGGGGGAAAAAUGUCCGUCAACAAACCGCGACCGAAAUUUGCUACCGCCUUGUCGACCUCUAUCUCGAAAACGCCAUUGAGAUCUUUAAACACGUCGAAACCCAAAUACAAAGAAGUCAAACUUUAGACUGUCUAACCGACAUCCUUAUUAGCUACGGUGUCCAACGUCCAAAAGAUCUCGCCUCAUGCUUUACAAAGUUUUACUCUCAACCCCGAAACCGCAUUCCCAUCCUCUCCGUCAUGGUCAGUGUCGCCCGUCGACAAGGUCCUCGUCUUUACGAAAUUCCUCAAACCGGCUUUUUUGAUUGCGUCCUAAACAGCCUUGACUACGAUUGCUCUCCUAUCGCCCUCUCCUAUUCCCUCUCUUUUGUCAUCAUGAUUCUCCCUCACAUUUGUAAUGAUCUGGGUAAUUUGCUUUACCGUUUGUUUUCUUGUUUUCUUCGUCUUUCCAUGAUUGAUUCCCUCACCGGUCCUCCUAAAGCCCCUAACACUAAUGGUUGGGAAGUCCUUCCUAAUUUUGCUUCUACAUACACCACUUCUUCUUCUACUUCCUCUUCUCCUUCUCCGUUGUCUGCUCAUGGUAAAGCUAAAUCCAAUCUGUCCGAUACUUUUCAUUCCGAGUACUUUAGUUCGCUUGAAUACUCCCAAUUAUUUACCUUCCUCUACGCCCUUUUUCCUAUCAAUUUUCUGGAAUUUUUGCGUGAUCCAACAACGUAUGCUGCCAAUCAUAAUUUUACUAUUCCCCAUCGUUACAAUUCUGAGAUGAUUCUUUCCAAGUGUACUCCUCUCCUUUCAAAUCAUCUGGCUCACCGAAACUUCUUAAGCUUCACAGCCUCUUCCGAACUGUCCGAUAAAUCCAGAUGGAAGAAGCUUGAUUCUACUACUAUUGUUGCUCUCUGUAAUCGCCUUAAUACCGUCGGAAUGACCGAAGGUAACGCCGACUUAGGUUAUCACCAAUCCACCCGUCCUUUAGAAGAUCUAGGGCCCCCAACAGGUGUUUUAGCUUAUCCCAACGAAAAUCACGAUAUUUGCACAGAUCCCCUUUCUGUCUCUUGGCACCAGCAGCUAUCGGUGCCUAAUUCCAUAAACUCCAGUUUUGCUCUAGAACCUACUGAUAUGAAAGGCUCUGUACCAGCUAUCGUAGAUGAGUCUUCCGAAAAUGAUUCUCAACGUGCUUCAAUAAGCGAAGCCUCUCCUUAUUUCCACGGAAACGUCAAAUCCGUUCCUGGCGUUUCCGAAUCUUCUGAAGAUAUCUCUCCAAAUACAACUACCCUUAUACUGCGGUUACAAAGAGAACUUCUAUUUUUGAAGAACGAGUUGGAUUUUGAGAAAUAUAUGCGCCAACAGCACAUUCAAAAUAUUAGCAAGUUGCGCCGUGAGCAUGUCCAGGAUAUGGCUGUUGAAUCCGAAAGACAAAAGCUGCUUCUUACAAACAAACGUUACAAAGUGCAAAUUGAUGUGUUAACACAAGAGCUAGAGCAACAGCGUACUGAGUCUCAAGCCGCUUUAAAUCGGAGAUUUCAGUGGGAAACAGAUUGCAAUAACAAACUAAAAGCUUUUCGUGAAGAGCGGAAAGCAUGGAAAUCGAAAGAGGAGAGUCUAUCAAGCAGUCUGGCAUCCUUGACCAACCAAUUGAAGACGUUUGAACGAGUACAAACUGAAAUCGCAUACGAAAAAAAUCAACUUGAGCUCCGCGUUCAGCUUUAUAAAUCAAAAGUUGAUGAAUUUGAACAAAAUGGUUCUUCGACGAAUUUGUCGAAAAGAAAUAAAGAAGCCGUUAAUGAUUCUAUCAAUAAUGCAGCUAUGGAAAAUAGUACCAUUUUGUCUAACUCACUGUUGAGUGAAGAACACGAGAAGAAAAUGAUUGAAAGUGAACAGCUUUGCACCAAUUUGAAAUCGGAAAAUAUACACCUGCAAAACAAAAUAGAUUUCCUUACAAAGGAUUUGAAAGCUUUGAAUGUUGUUUGCGAGGCAAAGAUUUAUGAUCUCGAGAAACGUUUGUCUUCUCAAGCAACUAUUCCAGAAAUGCAUGGCUCAUUUAACACAAAUAUCGAUAAUUAUAUUGCCCAGUAUACUGACGUGAAAGAGAAGUACGAUGAGCUUUUGAAGAAGUUUAGAAACCUUGAAAGUAAAUUUCUUGAUUCCCAAGCUGAAUUAGAAGAGUUGCUUAAUUUUCAAAAACCUUCUGAUUCAACCAGUUCAGUGAACAGUAGUUCAUUAUUUACGGGUAUAUAUCAUGGUAGGACACUAAUGCGGAAUGACCCUUUGCAAUUGCGAUCGAGCCCAUCACGGCGAUCAGCUGACACAAAUUAUUCGCCAUAUCGUUGAAUAUGUUUGAUGUAUAUAGAAUAUAUGUAUAUAUACAAAAGUUUCAUUACAUUUUUAGUUUACCUUCGUUUAUUUAAUUUAUAGAAUUGCAAAUUAAUUUACACUAUAUUAACGAGGCUGAGAGUAAAAAGCAAAGUUAAUAAAUUUGGAGGAUCCUUUAUUGGAAUCGUCUUCUCUUUUCAUCCCUACCAGAACGCAUAGACGAUCUUUCACGCUGUCGUUCUUUUUGUAAACGAGUAUCACGAUCUCUUCUUUCAUCUUGGCGUGCUCGUCUAUUCAUGCCCGUAUUUCGCUGUUCAUCUCUUCUAUUCUCAUCAGCAAGACCACUAGAAGCAUUAGUCGAUCGAGCUUGUCUUUCAGAAGACGGGGUAGAGACUCGGCGACCAAGUUCAUUUUUUGCGUCAUUAUUCCUAUUGCUUUUACCGUUUCGAUUUGUUCUUGACGAAGCUUGACGACGAGCUUCUCUUUCAUCAUCGUCUCUAACUCUUGAUCGGCCAAGCUCAGACGACUCAUCGGUAUUUGCCUCUUUACGUUUUUGACUCUCAUUAGAGCGAAUAUUUCUAUUUUGAAUACCAUUGGAAAACCGGCGAUCUCCUUUCUCAUCCUCAACCCUGUUUUCUCUCUUUGGUGCAUCACGUUUAGCAUAACGAGGUGAGUUUCGUUCAUUUUCUGACGAACCACUACCACGAGAUUGAGGCCUCUCAAUAUUCCUAUUAUAUGUGCCUCUAACCCUCCUUUCUCGUUCCCUUUCCUUUCUUCUUAGUUCCUCUGUCUGUGAAACCUUUCCACGUUGACUACGAAUACCUUCCUGACUUUCACUUGAUAAGGGUUUCUCUGUUGAUGUCAAUUUAGGUGUUUUAACUGUUCCCGUAUCGUUUUCCUGCUUGGUAUUAGUAUCCUCCAUUGAAGGAACGUUAUCAGAAGUUGCUGUUUUCAUUUGCUGUAUUUCGGUAUUCUCAGUCUUAGGUACAAACUCUGAAGCAUUAACAUUCAAUCCUGAACCACCAGUUGGUUUAUUUGAUUCUUCAGACUUGUCAGCACUAUCAACAGGAGGCUGCUUUUCAGUGACUGGAGUAGAGGCUUUGGGUUUUAUAGUCCCAGAAAAUGUAUUGAAUGAAACCCAGGUUGGUUCCUUUUUACACAGCUUAGCAUAAUAGCCCAAAGCUAAGAUUUUAAUGUCUUCUCGCUUUUCAUUCUCUUUAAGGUUAUCAGCUGCUUUCUUUAAUGAUUGCCCACUUUCUUGGAUCAAAGGGAAACAUGGAAGAAUCUUUUCUAAGAUGAUUAUCGCGUUAUAGAUAUGCAUGUACUCCCCUGACAUCAAACACUGUUCAAAAUACUGUGUUAAUUGUUUGUGCCAUUUGCUUACAAGAAGUACAAACUUAUUGUGUUGCAAAAGAGAGGGACCAUUUUCGUCAAGCCAAUCAACCCGAAAACCAGUAAGUAAACCAUUUCCUAAGCAUUCCUUUUCAUAAAUAUUUUUUUCCUUGUACCAAUGUGUCACGUCAUUAAGUAUUUGGAAAAGGAACCUGGAAAAAUUAUCGGACUCCCGUGGAGUUAAUGCAAAAACAAAAGAUGGUAUAUGAGAAUCAAACAGCUUGUUGAGGAAAGAUAUGGUAGAAAAAUUAGGAGCAUUGAGAGAAUGAAGUAGUUUAAUAAAUUUAGCACAGUAAAGGGCAUCAAGAGGGCCCAUUCUUAGUCUAGGAGCAAUGCAGUAACUCCAAAAGUAUUGUGAUGCAAGGCCCCUGGGAUGCAAACGUUGUGUAUCCAUAGGAAGGAACCACUUUGUACACUUACUUUGUAAGUCUUUCCUGGUGGUUUCUAGCGACUGGAUGUGGUCCUUCAAUUCGUUUCGUAAAUUAUCCGAUAAAGUCGUCAACUUUUGGCAUUCUUGUUUACUCUUGGAAUAUGGUUGACCAGAAACCUCAACCUGGCGGAAUUGUUCAAAAGCACGAUUGCUUUCAUACUCAUACCUCUCUAAAGGAACAUAGAUGUCAUAAAUUGAGAGUUUCCAAAAUAGUUCAUACAGAUCAGGGUUUAUGCACUCCCAAACAUUCUCGGGAAGUAAACUUAUUAUAGACGACGUCGAGACUGGGAAGUUUAUCAUCCCAAUUGAGUGUUCAUCGUUGGCGUUGGCCUUAGCAUCAUUGUCAAUGUCCAUAGGAUCAUCCACAUAUUCAUCCAAGUUGGAAUGAUUUGACUUCAGGUG